UUUCACAGCGUAAGCGGAAGUUGCACAGUCAGCUGACAAGAACACAUGAUUCAUUCAGGAACAAAAUACGACUCAAUCUAAAUCGUUUUUAAAAAUCACAUUUGGGGAGCUUAUCCAAGAAUUAUGGCAGGACGAGGGAAAUUAAUCGCAGUUAUUGGCGACGAAGAUACCUGUACUGGAUUUCUACUUGGUGGCAUCGGUGAACUUAACAAAAAUCGAAAGCCUAAUUUCUUGGUUGUGGAGAAGGACACCAGUAUCGCUGAGAUAGAGGAGACGUUCAAGAGUUUCGUCACUCGUAAUGACAUUGGAAUCAUCCUCAUCAACCAGUUCGUUGCGGAGAUGAUUCGUCAUGCCAUAGAUGGUCACAUGGAGUCCAUCCCAGCCGUCCUGGAGAUACCCUCCAAAGAGCAUCCUUAUGAUGCCUCCAAGGAUUCCAUCCUGCGCAGAGCCAAGGGAAUGUUCUCUGCGGAGGACUUCCGAUAAACAUGAAGUCUCCUCAUCUGGAGGCAGCAGGGGUGGGCAUGGGGAGAGGGAGAAAGAAGGGAGCAUGAGUCUAUGAGCUCUGCUACAGUGCAGUGGAUCUCAGUCUUGACUGAGUUAUUCGCAGUGAAUUUCAUUGCUUCUCCCUCUUUCGUGAUUUGUCAUAACUCUGCUUCAUCCAAGGAGAAAGUUAAGUCUAUUGUAGUUUUAGGAAUCCGUUGUUUCCCCACAUUGAUAUGCCUGGAUGACGGGACUAUGUUUACUAUUGUGCACCAUCAUUUGUGGUACUAUUGAAAAUAGUAGUUGUCAGCUUUGUUUUUGUCAUUUUCGGAAUGCUGUUCGUCAAGUUGCGGUGGGAAUUAAUAGUGAGCCCUCCUGUUUUCAUUCAAGUCUUGUCAAAAGGGUAGUUAUGUGUUUGCAAUUCAUUUAAUUUAUGAUCUCUGUAUUUUUUGGAAAACAACAUGGCAAAUAGUCAUGUUUUUCCAUUUAUCUGUGUGUUUGUCACCUGUUAUGAUAUGCUGAUUUCAAGACACAGGACCUAACUCAGUCUAGGGUCCAUUAUUGCUACUAUAUGUACAUGUUACUUCUCCAUUGACUCACACCCUCCUCAGCCACACAUGGUUGGGUUAAUCAUCAGUCAAGGGCACAGCAGACUAUCUGCUGACUGGAGCAUGGCACAUCUUGUUCAACAUCAACAUCAAAAUUCGACCCACACUUACAAUUCUAUUAUUAUCGUAUUGUUUCUCUUCCCUAGACUUCCUUUCACUGGAAUAUUUAGUAUUGUAAGGGUUGAUUUGUUUCAUUGUCCUUCAGUUAUUUGGAGACCCAUUAACUCACUUUCUCUUGAUUGGUGUUUUUGAUGAGCAAAAUGGGCUUCUGGUUUGGUUUGCUGAGAUGAUUGUAGAUGUGCUAAAUUAUUGUACCUUGGAAUAUCCAAAAAUGAAUUCAUUAAAAUAUAUGACUAUG